CCAACCUCGCUUCCUUCCACUCUCACUCUUCCUGCUAUAGCAGGUACAGACAUCUGGUCCGUACCAAGUCCAAAUCCAGAGCAGCAUUUCUCAGCUCCAUUCGCUUGUAUCACUAUCCCCAUUAGAUCAUUUCGAAGGAUUUGCGUCACGGUCUCGGCCGACUUCGACACAAACACCCAGCAAGGAGGACUUCUCUUUGUACUACCUCCUCUACAUGGGACGAAUCCGGCUGACGCUGGGCGAAGAUGGGUCACCGCAACUCUGGAGUACGAGCACUCUAGAAUGAACGCUAGCGUCGUUUCUUGCGAACGUUGGUCAGAUUGGAGUCUGCAUGCGUUGCCUAAUGACAAUAUAAAGGAGGUUACGCUGCAGAUGUACAGGAAGCAGGACCCAGACGGGAGUUUGGGGUCAAGGUUGGUAGUCUCGAUGCUGCGAGACGGAGAGUGGAGAAUUAUUAGGGAAAUUCUAUGGGCUUUCGAAGAGGACAGUGGAGAAGCCUGGGUAGGUGUACUCGCUAAUCAAGCUAUGGAUGAUACUGGCAAAGAUGCGAAAACUGUGUGCUUCACGGACUUG